AUGGGAAACUCAUUGGCGUGGUUCAGCAGUGCUCCUCAGGACGACUUUCCGUUGGUCUCCGAACAAAUCAACUUCAACCAAUCUCUCGGAAUUCAACCCAACUCACCUAUCACCCUAAUUCGAGUCUCCGGAAAACUUGAAAAUCGAACUGAAUCACUUGCCCUUGAACUGGAAUUCGAUGAACCCUCAGCAACAAUCAAAAAGUUGAUCCGAAUCGAUUACAAGCCACGCCUCCCUAGCGGCUGCCUGGUAGAAUGGUAUCAGGAUAGAACGUUCAAAGAGAAAGUUCUAGAAGACCAAAGUUUCUCUGACGCUCUUUAUGAAUCACUCGAUAUCGUCCUACGCCAUCAGAAGUCACCGUUGGAAACUUUUGAGGUCAAUAUCACGGUUCCCGAUUUCUACAAAUCUGGGAGUAUUAUGGAUGACCGACAACCUGUUGCAGUGGACCUCCUGAAUAAUAUAAAGAAGUCGCUGGAAUUCAGAAGACACCCACUGCAAGUCAAAAACCUUAUUGUCAAAGAAUCAGGAGGAAGUCAGCUUCUGAAAAUUCUCCCAUUUCUUGACUCUGCUAUUCUGGAGAGCAUAGAUAUAGAGGACCCAAGGAGAGCUUAUGAUUCUUAUGAACUUCCGUUAGUUGUGAUUUUGGAUCAGUGGAAAAACGCAAGGAAGUUGAGAAUUGAGAAUUAUAAGAUGGUGAUGUCAGUGGAGCAGCUCAAACAUUUUGAUGAGCUUCACUUAGAUUAUUGGGAGUUUUCUGUGGAGGAUGUCGUGGAGUUAAAGAAAGCAUUCCUCAAAUCCUACGACAGCAAGACUCACUGGAAACUUAUGCUCCCAGAAUUCACUGACAACUCUAAACUGCAAAAGGAACUAAUCGAUAAACUUGGGACGCCGUUCCACGUGGUGCCAACGCUUUUAUCGAAGACAAUAUCCAAGCUCUCAGUGUUCAAGACCCCUGAAGAAGGAAGAAAAUGGUUUUUCAAAUUCGAGGGGGCCAUGGAAGUGCUCUAUAUUCACUUGACAUCCCGCCACCUGUCUUUUGAGAAAAUUGCGAUGAAAGAUGUUCCAGAAGAAGGAAGAAAGUUUAUUCAAUUUGAUUCUUAA